AUGGAUGACAAUAUAGAAGAAGCAAAAAUUGUAGAAAAGAAUUGCUUAUAUUGUGGUAUAUUAGCUUUUUUUGAAGAACAACUUAUUGAAAUUUUCUACAUUAAUAAUGUUAAAUAUUUUUUUUACGUAUGUGAUAAUUGUAUAAAAUCUGGUAUAGAAAAUAUGGAUAACACAAGUGAUGUAAAAGAGAAAGAACAAAUAAGUUUUCAAUAUGUAGUAGAAAACAAAUCACAACCAAUUAAUCGUCUUGCAACAAAUUUUACUCAUUAUACUAGUGAUAAUGUUAAGAUUCAACAUAUAUGUCAUGGUUCACGUGCUUAUAAAAAAUUAAGAUCUACUUUUGUUGAUAGACUUUUAAGUAUAAAAUUAUCAAUUCAGGAAAUGAAACUAUUAAAAUUGGCACUAGAAAAUGAGCAAAACGAAAAUCUUUUUGACAAAUAUAUAAUCACGAAAACUCAGGCACGUAAAGAAUUAAAAGAAUCUGGUGUUAAAAAAAUAAUUCAAGUUCAAGAAUGUACAAAAACUGUUUUUAAAGCUAUGUUAAAACAAAUAUCAUCACACACAAAAAAAAUUAAAAAAAUGUCAGGAGAAUAUCGUUUAGACAUAAAAAAAUUAGGUUCUGAAACAUAUAGAAGAGUAUUUAAUUUUACUAGUGAAUGUAACAUUUGUAAGUUCAAUUGCACUACACCAAAAAAAAUGAUAGAACAUGUCCUCUCCAUUCAUUUAUCUAUUAAAAAUUGUGCUUUAUUAAAAUGUGUUACCUGCAUUAAGCAUUUCUCAUUUUCAAAAUCUUUUUUGGAUUUUUAUACGAUUAAUCGACAUUAUGCAAAUUGUAAUUAUCAUGGUGGUGAGAGGUUUAAAAACAAUUUAAUACAAUCAACAUCAGAUGAACGUGAAAUUUUUAUCUAUAUUGAUAAAAGCUAUGGUUUUAAUAUUUUGGUUGAUUAUGAAAAGACAUUUGAUUUAUGUUUUAGUAUUCCUGAUUUUAUCCCCAUAAAACCUUAA